CAAACGCCAUUCUCGUCCCACCAAAACUCAAAUUCCAAAUCCCAAAGUGCAGAAAACCCCCCAGAAACCUACAAGCCGGCGCCAUGGAAUCCCCCGAUGCGGCCACCAAGACCAAGGGAGGCAGAGGCAAGCCCAAGGCAUCCAAGUCCGUGUCCAGGUCUCAAAAGGCCGGCCUCCAAUUCCCCGUCGGCCGCGUCGCUCGAUUCCUCAAGACCGGCCGCUACGCCCAGCGCGUCGGCUCUGGAUCUCCGGUCUACCUCUCUGCCGUCCUAGAAUACCUAGCCGCCGAGGUUUUGGAAUUGGCUGGAAACGCUGCGAGAGACAACAAGAAGAUGAGAAUAAUUCCAAGGCACAUCCAGCUUGCGGUGAGGAACGACGAGGAGUUGAGCAAGCUUAUGGGAUCUGUUACGAUCGCGAACGGAGGCGUUCUGCCGAACAUUCACCCGACUUUGCUGCCGAAGAAGUCCGGGAAAGGGAAGGGCGAGAUUGGAUCUGUUUCUCAGGAGUUCUAGAUGUUUAUUUAGAUCUUUUUAACUUUUUGGAUGAAUUGUUGCUGACUAGCGUUGGUGUAGUUACUGUAAUGAAAGUAGGCUUUUGGUCUGUAAAGCACUUCUACGGAUAGCUUCUCUUGGUUUUCUAAUCGUAUAUGUCGCCCUUUUGACACUUAUCAAUGGAACAAAUUGUAUGAAAGUUUUGUAAACAAUUUGUUCUUUCUCUCUUUAUUUAUUUAUUUUUUUAGACUCUGGAUUUGCUGCUCAAAUUCGAAGCACAACCGGGAAAUAGAUUUUUAGGGGUGAGGAAACUUGGAAGAACAAAGAGAGAAAGAUUGUCUUUAAUAAGUUUGGUAGAUCAAUUUCUGGUUGUUUGUUAGUCACAAAAUCAAGUGAGGUUUUGAUUUUGGGAUGAUUAAGUGGGAACAUGUACAUGAUGUUGAUAUAAUAUUGUUAGGAUGCAAAAGUCCACCCUCCUCUUCUUCGCAGCAAAGCUUCAUCCUCCAUCAAACCGGUAGAAGAAGAACGCGGCACUGUAGAGCCCCCAUCGAUCAUAGACCUGAUGGCCGUCGCCUCCCCAUCGAUUUGCAGUGAGAUUUGCUGAUCUACUUGUAGUGGGGUUAUUCUUGUGGAAAACAAAAAUCUGAAAAUUUGAUUAU